AUGGAUUUGGAUUAUUUUAUAAAUCGAAGUGGGCUGAAAUUAUCCUAUAGCUUAUCGAUAAAAAACAUAAAUGAUAGGAAAAUCUAUGUCAUUUGCCAUUGGCUUUUUUCAGAUAUUUUGUUUAAUUGCGACUUCGUAAUACGGUCUCUAGAAGUAAAUAUCUUCAAAUUAUUUGUUCAAGGCUGCGGAAAUAGUGAAGGAGAAUAUUCUCAUAGUAGAUUUGAAAGGGAUGCUGGAGAUAUUGAAGACGCUGUGAAUUUUUUAAAAUCUCAAGGCUAUGAAGUUGAUGGAAUUAUUGGGCAUGGAAAAGGAGCAAGCGAUGCUAUUAUUUAUUCUGCACUCUACGGAGAAGUCAAAAAAAUAAUAGCAAUAGCUCCUGGAGUUUAUGCAAAGACUUUUAAUUUCCCAGAAUUUUUCAUGAGAAGUAUUGCGGAAGCUAACUUCCCCCCCCUCUGUGAGCGAACAAAGCCUUUAGAAAAAUCCCUAUUUUUUGCGCAAAAACCCACCCUUUUGUGAACAAACAAAAAUUUUCAUGGGGAAAAAUUUUUGACAUAUAAGUGAUAAUUAGUAUAAUGAAAUCUCUAUCUAAUUCUGCUUAAUUUUAAACAAAUUGCAUUUUAAAACAUAAAUUUUACAAAUUAAAUUAAUAUUUGCUUUCCAAUUUUUGCGAAUUUGAAUUUAUUUAAAUUUCGAAAAAAAAAAAUUAUAAAUUUUAUAAAUAAAUUUUCUUAAAAAAAAUUAGCCUCCCUCCGUGAGCGAACAAGACUUUUUUGUUCGGUCACGGAGUGGGGAAGUAAGAAAUCUGGAGAGAUUAGGCAGGUAAUUCUUGGGAGGGAAUAUAGAUUUACAGCAGAAAUGUUUGAUGAAUUUAUGAACCUUGAUAUGGAUUAUUAUACUGACAAAAUAAAAGGUGUUAUUUAUAUAAUUCAUGGGAGAGAUGAUGAAAAUGCCCCUUAUUCAGAUGCAUUGAGAUAUGCUAGAGGGCUGGGAGAAAAAUGUAAAGGACUUUUUACGUUAAAUAGCACCGAUCAUUUCUUUGCUACAGAAUUGGAUGAGGUUGUUGAGAUAAUUCAUGAAAUAAUAAAUAGCUAA